ACAUCACUGCAAAAGUCCACUUGUACGCAUUUUCACUACUACCAUCUGACUCGCCUUGCUACAAUGUCGGUUUUCUACUACGAGCCAUACUACGACUUUGACCGCCUCCUCGACGACAUCUUCACACCGCGCACAGCGCGCAACGGCGUCCAUAAGCGUGCUCUGCAAAGCGAUGCUACCCCCGAGGGGGCCGUGCGUGCUUUAAAGCCAAGAAUGGACCUGCACGAAGACAAAGAAAAAAACCUCGUAACAGCCACAUUCGAGUUCCCUGGAUCGAAAAAGGAGGAUGUCCACCUCGAGAUUCAUAAUGGCCGUCUAGUCGUGUCGAUUGAGAACAAGAUUUCGGAAGAGCAUGAUGAGAGCGGGUAUGCGGUGCGCGAGCGGAGGUAUGGGAAGUAUUCGAGGACUUUGCAGUUGCCACAGGGCGUCAAGGACGAUGAGAUUAAAGCGGGGAUGGAGGAUGGGGUGUUGACCGUAACGUUCCCCAAGUCAGGUGCUGAGCUUGCUCCGAAGAAGAUCACUAUUUCGUAA